GGGAUAUGACGAUCAUGACUGGGCUAAAUAAUAUUAAAAGAAUACUAAGUUUUAUACAAGUGUUGUUUUAUUUACCUUUGACGCUCAACAUUUCAAAUAAAUCGACCUUCCUGACCCUGUCCUUACUACUGAGCAUUUAUUACAGUCUGUUAUGCUCACUAAGGUUGUUUUCAAGUAAAUUGUUAAGAUAUCCUUCAAUUUUAUUAGGUGCUUUACAACCUUUCAUAAUUCCAGUACUAUUACUCUACUCCUUCCACUUAAACUCGUCUUCUACAAUACCGUCGGUCGUUAUCGACACCUUUGAAUCACUUUUACACGCGUCAUCACCUACGUUCAGCUUGUUAGAAGGCGCCUCUGCACUCUUAUGUAUACAAGCUACCGGUCAAUUUAGUAGAUUAUACAUACGGAGGAAAGGAGAAGGCUCUACACUCAUAUUAUUGAUAUUAUCUGCUGUUAUUUACGUAUUAUCUGGUAUUUGGCUUAUACACUCUUACCCAGCGGCCGCUUCGACUCCAUUCUCAGCUACUAUGAUUGGCGCAGCAUUGGUUGCUACAUUAGCCAUAUCAUCAUUAGCAUUAAUAUCGAAAAGAGCAACAGUUAUUGAAACUGCUUUGAUGUUCUCCUACAUCGCAUACAGUAUUUGGUUGUGUGCUGACGCCAUACAAGGUGCAUCCGGUUGGAUCGACUUUCAGUGGAGCUUUGAUAACCAAGGUUGGGUUAUACAAUCAUUUGAAAAUGCUUUACAAUUUCUCAAGAACGCGCUCGGCGAUAGUCUCGAAUUCAUUGGAUAUGCUUUCACUACAUUACCACCAACUUUGUUAGUCUCACUAAUUUUCCGUACGGGUGUAUUGUAUUUGGCUACAAAAAUCAUCCCACUCAUUCGCUCAUCAAGCUCUUCAAUCACUCACUCGUUUGAACGCGCUGCAGACGCUUGCAACGAUGAUGAUCUUAAUGAUGAUGAACCAUCUGCAUUUAUAAUGGCAAUUCUCGUUUCAUUCUCUAGACUGAUACUCAUUUUAGUUUACUCGCAUUUGUUAUUGUUAGAUCAAGGCGCACAGCUAUGGUGGAGAUGGGCAAACGUCGCUUGGACAUUAUCACUCUGGGUAGUUGAGAUAAUACUUAGCUCGUCCUAUUCAGAUGACGACGUGAUUGUCAAAAGUUGGAAGAUAGAUUAGAAAUCGACAGUAUAUACCAUCAAUUUGCAUAUGUAUUCA